GGUCUCCGCCUUUCCCGCGUUCGGGCCUCACCGCCCCCUCCGCCUUCUCUGAGGCUCCGCGCCACUUCCGCUCCUUAAGGCCGAACCGGCCCCUUAGGGCUCGGGUCGCGCGGAGCUGACCCCUAACGAAAUGCGGUCGCGCCAGGGGCGGUGGUGGCUGCUGCUCUGGCUGCCGCCCCUGGCCACACUGCCCGUGCGCGGGGAGGCGGCGACGGCGGCGGCGUUGUCAGUUCAAAGGUGUAAAGCUUUGAAGGAAAAAGAUUUAAUUAGAGCUUCUGCGUCAGACUGUUACUGCUACAAUCAAAAUUCCCAUGUGGAGUGGAAAUACAUGUGGUCAACUGUGGAGGUGAAAAUUACCAGUCCAGGCCUGUUCAGAAUUGUAUAUAUCACAGAAAAAUAUAAUUGCCAAUAUCCAGAAACCAUACUAUCUUUUAUCAAAUGUGUGAUUCAUAACUUUUGGACACCAAAGGAGUCUAAUGAAAUAACCAUAAUCAUCAAUCCAUACGGGGAUACUGUGUGCUUCUCUGUGGAGCCUGAGAGGAAGAUAUUUAACUAUAUGAUACAUGUGAAUCGAAACAUUGUGGAUUUCAAACUCUUCUUUGUGUUUGUGGCAGGAGUUUUUCUUUUCUUUUAUGCAAAGACCCUGAGUCAAAGCCCUACUUUCUAUUAUUCCUCGGGAACUGUGCUAGGUGUUCUAAUGACAUUAGUCUUUGUCUUGCUGUUGAUGAAAAGAUCUAUUCCAAAGUAUAGCACCUUUUGGGCUCUAAUGGUUGGUUGUUGGUUUGCUUCAGUUUAUGUUGUGUACCAGUUGAUGGAAGAUCUGAAGUGGCUGUGGUAUGAAAACAGAACAUAUAUAUUAGGCUAUAUCUUGAUAGUUGGAUUUUUCAGCUUUGUUAUCUGUUACAAGCAUGGGCCCCUUUCAGACGACAGGAGCAGAAGUCUUCUGAUGUGGACACUGCGGCUUCUCUCUCUGCUUCUGGUCUAUGCUGGUGUGGCCAUGCCUCAGUUUGCCUAUGCAGCCAUAAUCCUCCUCAUGUCCUCCUGGAGUCUGCAUUACCCACUGAGAGCAUUCAGUUAUAUGAGGUGGAGAAUGAAGCAGUGGUUUCCAUCAGAAGAGCUGGUGGUGAAGUAUCUUACAGAAGAUGAGUACAGGGAGCAAGCUGAUGCUGAAACAAAUAGUGCUCUGGAGGAGCUGCGCCGGACCUGCCGAAAACCCGACUUCCCUUCAUGGCUGGUCAUCUCCAGACUCCACACUCCUGGAAAGUCCUGCCCACAGUUUCCUCUCUGUGACUGUUGUUUUUCUAAUCUUCAUUAAUGACCAAUAUCCCACCCCCUCUGAUGGGAAUAUUUUUACUCAGAUAUGUUAAAAUCUUCUCUGGCCUAGGAGUUGGAUUAUCUUUUCAAGGUAACUGUAUAUUUCUGUUAUGAUUCCUGAAUGUGAUACCUUAGUAGGUCACCAGAGAUUUAAAAUGAGUAUUAUAUUUAUGUAAGAAAAUCUUGGAUAGUGGGUAGCUUCUCUUUAUUAUUUAAAUAAUUUUGGGAAUCUGAUUUUUUUUUUAGAUUUGGUCCUUUUUCCAAAAAAGACUAAUUAAAAAGAGAAAGGGGAAGAAGACCAACAUUUAUUAGAGAUCCAUCAGGCACUAUAUGAGGCACCUUCUAUACCUCUUAAUUUGCACCUCAUGACCACUUUGUGAUAUGUUUUGGUAUUUUCAUUUUACAGAUGAGGACAGACCCUGAGGUAGGAGAAGGUUGCUGAAGGACACAUGUAGCUAAAGUGGUAGAAUCAGAAUUUAGGCUCCUAUGUGUCUGCUUCCAGGGCUCAUGUUCUACUUCCUUUAUUGCCAUCUUUUUAAGAAAAUUAAGGAAACAGCCCCAUGGAUAAUGCAUUCAAGAGGUGACUACAUCUGCUGAUGUUACACGCAUACCAGUCAUUUGUGUUCCGCAGCUAUGGACACUGUAGUCUGUGGCCCUUGUCAGUGCUUCUCAGGCUGUCUGGGGUGAUGGACCAGUUUCCCUGUAGUUCAUCACAAGUAAUACUUUUGAAAGAUACACUAAAUUAUUAGAAAAAUGAAAUAGUCUUUAAAAGACACAUAGAAUAUAAGCAUGAUGAUCAUAAUGUCAUGACAAUGUCAGCUUGCCAUACAUAUUUUGAAAUGUUUAAUUUCUGUGUUGUUGUCACAUACCAGCAGUAGUUUGACGGCACCAGUCCUUGAGCACACUUUGAGUAGCACUGGUCUACAUGUUAUUUUUCUAAGAUGCCAGUGAUCUGUUCAGGAAACAAAAAAAAUCCUGACGUUUUUCAAAUGUAAGUUUAUAAUUUAAAAGAAUAGCAUCUUCCACUGACUGUUGGAGAGAGUAUGGUAUGUAAUUUGUUAAAUGAUUAUAAAAUUAUUGUUUACUUUUGCUGACACCUUGAAGAAGAAAAGGAAAAUGAAAAUUAUGGAACUUAUAACCUCUCUCUGCAAACUUUUCACUUUAUGGAAUAUGAUUGUUGCCAUUUUUUUCCAUCCUCUUCAACUUAUGUUUUCCUUUAUUUUAUCUCUUAACUAACUCAUAUCCGCAACCACUUAAUAUUUACAACGCAUGUUGGAAAUGAAUGCCGUGUUGUACAGCUUAUUAGAUAGAGGUAAAUAUGUAUAGUAUGGCACUGUAGGUUGAGAUAAUAGAAUAUGAUAAUAGAUUUAAAUGGCAAUAAAGUAAUAGCGCUACACCCUGGUUGGGGAAAUGAGACAGCACUCCUCCUGCCCCGGGCUUUUUGCUACACAACAGUGGCAGUAUUUAUGGAGCACACACUAUGUGUCACAUAACUCAUUUUAAACAUCAAAACUGUAAUGUACAUAGUGUAAUCACUUCAGUUUUACAGAGGAGGGUCCUGAGGCCCUGAUAUGUUUUAUGUGAGUGUAACUUCUCACUGGCAGAGCUGGGACUCAAAUGCAAACAGUGUGACUGCAGAGCCCACACUCCUAACACUGUAAGGUCCCUUGGGUUGUCAUCUAAAAACUGUGACUUUCCUGGAGCCAUAGUUGGAGGCAAGUGGUCCUGUAUUAGCUGCCCGAAGCAGAUGGCAGCUGGUUGAGAGUUAGAUACCUAGCUGGACUAGCACUAAGCUAGACUGGCUCACUUUUCCACUAUGUUAGAUAUCAGCAAGUUUCCAGUUACUCCCUUAUAACAAGCCAGUUUGUCCUGGCAUAACGUAAAUUACUUUCUGAGAUCUGACAAACCACUCCCCCUUUCACCCCUUUUCUGUCCCCACCUAGGCACCAGUCUGUCACCCAAUGCUCCAUGGUUUGGAAUUCUUAAGCCAGAUAUUCUCAAAGCUUUACUAAACAAGCCCAGGAGUGGUUUGGGGCUUCAAAAGUAGCCUUUGUCUUGUCUCCAUGCACUUUCAUCACCUCUUUCUUACCUAUAGUCACUGUCAAAGCAUACCCUCAUCUUUUUACAGAAUAAUAAUCUUCAUCUCUAACCCCUCACACUGAAGCUGAGUAAAAUGGCCCAGAGAUCUCCCCAAGGUGAUCUCUUCCUUUAUACCCUUGCUGUCCAAUAUGGUAGCCAUGAGCCAUGUGUGGCUGUUUAAAAUUAGAAACCUAAUUCCCCAGAAAAUUAGCUACAUUUCAGUUAAUAGCCACAUGUGGCUUAUGGCUACUGUACUAGACAGGGCAAAUAGAGAACUUUCCAUCUUCUCAGUAAGUCCUGCUGGACAGUGCUAUUCUAUGAUGCUGUUGCCUUGGAUACAGAGCUGUGGGUGUGUCCUCUUUCCCUUCCUGAUUCCCAUGGCUCUGGCCAGAGUCUGUACCAACCUCUGGGUUUCCUGUGCAGAGUUAUCAAUCCAGCCAACUCACCUCCAGAGUAUAAAGGGUCUGGAGUUCCUACAAUUCACAAAGCAUCAAGAAUUUGAAGGAUUUCUAGGAAUCUAGGAAUAUCUAGAAAUCCUAAAUGGAAAUAUAACCACAUACAUACACAUAUCAGGUAUGUAUGGUAAUGGUUUAGGCUAGGCUGUUUUAUGGCUUCCUCUACCACAACAGAUGCAGGGAAUGGCCUCCUGGCCUCCUGGGGUGGGGGAAGAUACUAAGUGGACCAGGGCUUUGACACUACGAAAAUCUGAGUUUGAAUCCUGGCUUUGUGAUCUUGAGCUCAUAACUUAAACUAAGCUUCAGAAUCCUCUUAUUUAAAAUGGGGAUAGUGAUAUGUACACCUCCAGUUUUUGUUAAGGGCAAAAUGAUCAUCUCAUUAGCACACUAUAGGCACCCAAUAUCCACAGCUGUGGUUACCUUUUCCUAGAUUCACUGCUUACCUCCAAAUUGGCUGAGAGGAAUACUGCCUAAGUAAUGGUGUCAGUACUACCAGCAGUCCCCACCUCAGCAGUACUGGAAGGAAUUGCCAGUCAGAGCGAAGCUAUUAGCCAACUAUCCACUUCAUGUGACCCGUGGCAGGAUUAAUAAGCCAUUAAAGCAGCAUUGCUCUUCCUGUGAAUUCCUUAACACUUUUCAUAAGGUUUAGUGCCUGCUGGACAAUGUAUUAUAAUCUAUUCUUAAGACUUGAGGAGUAGUUUAAUAAUUAGCAAUUAACUUCUUUGAAUCCACACAAGCUCAGCACUUGGGUAAUUUACUGUUUCUACAACCAUAGGAGAAAGAGUAGGAAGUAAGUCAUUAAGGCAGUGAUUACCAGCCUGGGCUCUGUGACACCCCUGCGUGUGUUGAGGGACCUCAAGAACAAAAUCUCAAAUAAAAAUUUAAUUUGAAUUCACUUUAAUAUUUUAAAGUAGCAUAUGGCACUUUGGGGACAGGAAGAAAAAGUCGGUCACAAAGUACACAAACCCAUGAAGGUGUCAGCUCACAAGGCUGGAAAUGACUGCAUUAUCAAUUCUGCUGUCACAGUAAAUGUUCCAUAACAAAGGCAUGUUGAAUUUGGUCUCAUUCAUUACAGAGUAAAGGACUUUUGUUUGGUUACAUCUUUGUCAUUUAAGAAACAUUUAAAAAUGGUAUUUAUUUUUAUUUCAACAUGUCAACUGUGCAUUUCCAAAAGAGCAGGCUUUUCAAAGGAAUAAAUCAGAACUGUAAACACAAGAUAUAGUUAAGUUUUUGACUUCCUACAGUCAGUUUCACAAAUCCACAUACUGUACAUUCAUAGGUGAGGUUCAGCCUGUCACCCAUUUCUUUAUUUCUAUAAUUACACAAGUGUAAUAAAUACAUCUGAUUUUAAAGGUCACUUAAAAUGAGUCAUAAUUUACAGUACAGUACAUUUCAGUUCAAGUGCAAAAAAUAACGAUUUGCUGAAUUCUACUUCUUUCAGUUAUUUUAUUUUUAAGCUGUGUUUUGUGGUGAAGCUAGACAUCCAAGUGUAGAAUUUCUUGUCCCAACUGCAGUAUUGGGCAGAACUAUGGUGUCAUGGAGAAGCCCUCACUUUACAGUUGAUCCUGUCUAAUCAGGGUCAGAGGGUAAGGUGAGUUGCUCAUUUCUAAUUCUUGUUUUUUUCUUUCCUCUCUCCUGUGCUCAUCCACAGCUAUUACAUAAAUUAUAUAAUUCACCUUUAUUCAGCUAAAACUGUGUCCCCUUUCCACACUCCCCCCAGGUUUCCUAUUUCCUCUGCUUUGACUUUAAGCAGCAAGCUUUAUGUGUGACCCACCCAGCCAUUGUUCUGGCUGCUUUUGUAACAUUUGCAGUUGCAUACACUACAUUGUCCAGUGUCUGACUGUGUCUUCAUGAGAAGGAGUAUACUGAGAUUUCUUUCUUUAGUCAUUGGAAAGUAUAGUUGCUCCUUAUUGCCAUCUUUCCCGUUCAUGGUUUCCUAUUUACCACCUUUUCUCACCAAAAACAAAACAACUGACCCAAUAUGUAAUUUCUAAAAAUUGUAUCCCUCCCCCAGGCACUUAAAUCUUAUACUGUUAUUUGUAAAUAGUACUGCUUAGUUAAAGGAACUCUUAGGAAUUCAGUGAUUUUUGUGUGUGUUUCAUUCCCUCAGCUAAUUACAGCCUGAAUCACUAUAAGAUAGUAAAUAGCGAGAGAGGCUAUUUACAGUAUCAAUAUAUUUAGUAAACUCUUGUCUAUCAA